AUGCCCCAGCGGGUAACCCUGCCCUGGCAGUCCGACAUGCAGCUGGCCGGCAAGCUGGUCCUCUCCGCCACCGCUCUGCUCCUCCUGACUUUGGCGUACAGGUUUUAUAAGUCCCGCUCGCUUGCCGGGGGCAAAAUCCCACCGGCUGAUACGGGAGGAGAACAGAGGGGAAACGCUGCCCGGGAUGGGGACGGGGAUGGGGAUGGGGAGGAGGGUGUUGGGUGGGGAGAUGACAUGUGCACCCAAGGCAUGGAGCAGAGUUUGGCCAUCACAGACAUGACCCAGGAGGCCAAGGAGCGUGGGGGGAUGAUCCAAACCCUCAGCGUCACCUCAGACCUGGGGCUAACGAUGACAGCGAGCAACGCAGGAUCAGAUGCCUCCUACUCUUUCUCCUCGGUCGCAAAGAUCCAAGUGGAGGAGAACUACAUCACCGAGCGGCAGGUGAAGGACAGAGCUGGGCAGCCAGUCCCCGGCCUCAAAGGCAAAGUCUAUGACUACUACGUCCAGUCCAUCUCCCAGUCGGUGUCAAAGAAGAGGUCUCCUCCUUACAUCCCCCUGAGAACACCCCGGUGCCGUAGCUUGGAGGGGGUCGAUGAAGAGCUGAAGGGCUUUGCAGCCCAGGAGCUGGACCCAGCUUUGGCAAUGUGGGGUUCCACCACCUCCUCCAUAGUCCCACAACCUACAGGGAGCUUGGAGAUCUCCCCUGAGCCGCCAUCUCCUGGCCGCAAGGACAGCAUCCUCCAGAUUGCCGACAGUCCCCACCUCCAGCUGCCCAUGGAGGGUUUUGGGGUCAAGAUGCCGGCCGGCACACCACCGGCAAGCCCUCGUCCAGAGCUGGUGGCCAGUGCCAACAUCUUCCACAUGCCACCACCCACCCACCUGGACCUGGGGAACUGCUACGAGGUCCUCUGCAUGGCCAAAGCACAGAAGCUUGGCCACCUCCAGGAGGCUGCCUACAAGGUGAUGAGUGACAACUACCUGCAGGUCCUGAGGACACCCUCCAUCUACGGCCGCCUCAAUGCCAGCGAGCGGGAACUCAUCCUGCAGCAGAGGAUGAAGGGGAAGAUGUAUGUGGCUGUGGCAGAUGUCAACGUGAAGGAGCCUGGCCUCCACAACAGCCGCCUCUGCUACUACGACGAUGGAGGGGACUGCUGGCGUCACCUCUGCCACGUGCCACCGGAGGUGGUCUCCCGGGGGUGCGCCAUGUGCAGCAUGUUCAACUACCUCUUCGUGGUGGCUGGCUGUGAGGGCACGGGCCGGGCACAGAGACCUUCCAACCGUGUCUUCUGCUACGACCCCCUGACUAACAUCUGGAGGGAGAUCUGCCCCCUGAAUGAAGCACGGCCGCACUGCAAGCUCGUGGCCUUGGAUGGCCACCUCUAUGCCAUUGGCGGCGAAUGCCUCCACACGGUGGAGUGCUACGACCCCCGGCAGGACCGCUGGACCUUCACUGCACCCCUGCCCCAUGACACCUUUGCCGUGGCCCACACAGCCACGGUGUGUGAUGGGGAGAUCUACGUCACAGGGGGCACCUUGCGCUACAUGCUGCUGCGUUAUGCCGCCCGCUCAAACAGCUGGAGGGUCAGCCCGGCCGGCGGUGGCAAAGACAGGACGGCCGAGAUGGUGAGCGCCAAUGGCUUCAUCUACCGCUUUGACUUCCACCGCAGCAUGGGCAUCAGCGUCUACCGCUGCAGCGCCAAGGCUAAGCUAUGGUAUGAGUGUGCCACCUACUCCAUACCCAACCCAUCCAGCUUCCAGUGCGCCAUGGUGGGCAGCCUGGUCCACUGUGUUGGUCGGCACUUCCACAUACGCUUCUUGGCUGACCACAUCUCACCUCGCUUUGGGACCAAGGAGCUGCAGCCCUUCCCAUCACCACGUGGCAGUCUCCUCCUAGCUGUCCUGGUGCUGCCAGAGGUAGGGAUGGUGCAAACACAGGUUUGA